CGUACCAUAUCCUCCCAAGCGGCCAACCCGCCAUCUCAUCCGUUCCGUCAUCGCUGCCACCUGUGUAUAUACAGGAGCUUGAACACUUAUCAUGUCAUUUCUCUAGACCGUCUUAUAAUGCUCCGUUUCUUCAGAAUAUCACUUCACGAUCCAAACUGCAUCUCGAAGAGAUAUUGGCAACUGCCAACAUCAACAUCCAACAGCAAUAUUAGGUUGACUCGUUGACUAGCAAGAUCGGACCUGGUAACAGCUACUUGUAUUUUGCUUAGGUUUCUCGCCGCUAUCUCUCCGCCUUGCUACGUGGGUUCCCAGGGAACUAAGAUGCCCCGGGGCACUGAGUAGUAUCACCUGAUGUAUCAUCGUCUGACUAAAACUUUGACCACCAGCGCCUCGAAUAUGUUUCCUAUAAAGACUUCUUCCAGAUCUCGAGGUCUCCGCACCCAUCAUGUCCUCCACACUCCUGCAGAACGGUACCCUUAUUGUCUUUGAUGACCAUGACCACCCCCAGCCAGUUCGGGCGGACGUUUUGGUCAAAGGAAAUGUUAUAUUUCAAGUUGGACCAGAUCUAAGGCCUCUCGAUGCAUCUACACUGAUCAUCGACUGUACAGACAAGAUUGUCGCGCCUGGUCUUAUCGACACUCACCACCAUAUGUGGCAAACUCAGCUGAAGGGUCGGUUUGCCGAUGCUACCUUGUUCGAUUACUUCUACAAAGGUUGGAGCCAGUGGGACUUUUUCACUCCCGAGGACAUCUUCUGGGGGGAGCUUGCUUCGUGCAUGGAGGCCCUGGAUAGCGGUACGACUACUGUCGUAGAUCCGCACACUGCAGUCGCACACCGGACCACGGUUAUUACUCAAGCAAUUUCCGCCACUUUGACCUCUGGCCUGCGUUCUUUCUUUUGUUACACAGCUGUAGCGGAAAUAAAAUCGUGGUCUCCUCAAUAUGUACUGGGUAGCCCUCCGGCAUGGGAAAAUGAUCUGCUCAAGACUCUGGCACAGAAAAGUCCCUUUGGUCCUAAUGGACGCGUUCGAAUGGGUCUCGCAUUCGACCAGUUAUAUCUACCCAAAGACACCGUUCAAGAGAUUAUUGGCAUGGCACGGCAACUAAAUCUUUUCCCUCUCACUACACACGCUGCCGGCGGGGCGUUACAAGGCUUCCUCCAACCCAUCCAGCUAACGCAUGAUUAUGGCCUUCUCGGUUCGGAUUGGAUUUUCAGCCACGCAGGAUGGAUCACUCACGCCGAGUUGGAACUGUUAAAACAGUCUGGAGCCACUAUCUCUGUUACUCCAGAAACGGAGCUGCAGAUGGGACAUCCAAUGGCACCCAUCGAAUCGUCAGAGUAUCCUGGUUUGCAGGACUGUUGUUCCAUCGGUGUUGAUUGCUCGUGUGCGAACUCGGGCGAUAUCGUGACUCAGAUGCGUCUGAUGCUGCAGGCGGGUCGAGGUACCGUAGGUCGACAAGCCAAGGAGAAAGGAAAGAUAGUAAAAGAAUUGAGCGUCAAGAUCGGGGACGUCUAUGCCAUGGCCACCGUCCGUGCUGCAAGAUCUCUAAAGCUUAACACGGGUCAAUUGAAGGAAGGCGCGCUGGCGGACAUUGUCGUCUAUGACACUCUUAGUCCGUCGAUGAUCGCAGGCGCUGCGGAGAAUCCUGUUGCAGCUAUCAUGUUGCAUUCGAGUGUCAGAGACGUCAACACAGUCAUUGCGGAUGGUGUCGUUCGUAAAAGGGAUGGUAAGCUUCUGCCUGUCGAGCUUGAUGCCGAGGCUUCGGUACAGGUGCAAGGAAAGGUACUUAGUUGGGAUGAUGUUGCUCAGCAAGUGUUGAAAAGCCGACUCGAGAUAGAAGGGAGGAUGAAGGAUGCUGACUUUUCCGAAUCCGUUGUUGCGCAAGGCAUCAAAGAUAUCUUCCAUCUAUCAGACGAUGUAUUCUUAUAGGGUUUCGCGAGAAUGUAUACUACCUGGCAGUUUCGGCACAAUCCGCAUUGACGCUCAGAUCGUUCGAAGUACAGACUGAAUCGUGGAAUGCUUCGGUAAAUAAAAUUUCAAGGAGUACGUUCCUGCAAUAGAAAGA